GUCGAACUUUGAUUACAUUCCAUCGUUAUCCUGUUAUCAACAACCGGUUCAAUCUUGUGAUCAAGAUGUUGGUAAUUUACCAUUGGACGACAAUCUUUCCCAAUGCUUGGCGUUACAAAAUCCAACUGGUCAAAUAGUUUAUUUCAAUUUGAGUAUUAGUUGGGUUAAAACUGUGUUUAACAACGGCUUUACAAGUCCCGACGUUCCAGGAGGACAGGAAUCUGUAAAAAGCAUUGCGGGUUCUAACAAUCAAGUUUAUGGACUUGCACAAACCUUGAUUU